AUGGAGGAGCCCCUGGUGUGGGAGACCGACGGCCUGCUUCCUCUGGAGAGGCAGCUCCAUGAGGCCGCCCGACGGAACAACAUCGGGAGGAUGAAGGAACUGAUCGAGAGGAGAGUCAACGUCAGGGCCAGAAACCACGUGGGCAGGGUGGCCCUGCACUGGGCUGCGGGCGCCGGGCACGAGCCAGCCGUACGACUGCUCCUGGAGCACAAGGUUGCUGUGGACGAUGCGGAUGCGGUAUGGGGCCGCUCAUACAGGCGCCCUUGUUUUGGGAUGAACGCGCUUCUCCUGUCUGCCUGGUUCGGCCACUUACGGAUCCUCCAGAUCCUGGUCAACUCUGGGGCCAAGAUCCACUGUGAGAACAAGGACGGCCUGACCUUACUACACUGUGCAGCCCAAAAAGGUCACGUGCCGGUGCUGGCGUUCAUAAUGGAGGACCUGGAGGAUGUGCCGCUGGACCAUGCUGACAAGCUGGGAAGGACGGCGUUCCAUCGGGCUGCUGAGCACGGGCAGCUGGAUGCUCUGGACUUCCUUGUGGGCUCUGGCUGUGACCACAGUGUGAAAGACAAGGAGGGGAAUACGGCCCUUCACCUGGCUGCCAGCCGGGGCCACCUGGCUGUGCUGCGGCGGCUCGUGGACAUCAGGCUGGACCUGGAGGAGCAGAACGCAAAAGGUCUGACUGCCCUGCACGUGGCGGCUGAAGGCGUCCACCCCGACUGUGUACAGCUGCUCCUUGAGGCCGGGAGCUGUGUGAAUGCCCUCACCCAGAAAAAACAGAGCUGCCUCCACUACGCAGUCCUCUGUGGCUCUGAGGACGUGGCCAGGGCCCUCAUCCACGCAGGAGGCCACACCAACGUGGCUGAUCAUCAGGGCACCUCUCCUCUGCACCUGGCUGUGAAGCACCACUUCCCUGCCUUGGUCCAGCUCCUCAUCGACGCCGGCAGUGACCUGGAUGCCACCGACAAUAGGCAGCAGACGCCCCUCCACCUUGCUGCUGAGCACGCCAGGCAGGACAUAGCGGAGAUGCUCCUCGUCACGGGGGUUAACUUAAACCUGAGAGACAAGCAAGGGAAAACUGCCCUGGCGGUGGCCACUCGCAGCAACCACAUCAGCCUGGUGGACAUGAUCAUAAAGGCUGAUCGCCUCUACACGUGGGAGAAGGAUCACCUCUUGCGCAGGGACCCCAGGGAUCCCUGUGGGAAGAACUUGACCUUUAAGCAGGACCAUCGGCAGGAAGGGCGGCAAUUCUCCCGAGUGCUGUGGCGACUGGCCUCCAGGGACCUGCGGCCUCAUGAGUGGAAGAAGCUCGCAUAUUGUUGGGAAUUCACUGAGGCCCACGUCCACGCCAUCGAGCAGCAGUGGACAGGCACCAAGAGCUACCAGGAGCACGGCCACCGGAUGCUGCUCAUCUGGCUGCAUGGUGUGGCCACAGCCGGCGAGAACCCCAGCAAAGCACUGUUUGAGGGCCUCGUGGCAAUUGACAGGAGGGACCUAGCUGAAAGCAUCAGGAAGAAAGCAAAUGCCGACCUGAGGGCCCCCAGCAGGUGCACGGCCAUGUAACCAGAGGGGCCAGACCUUCAGGGGCAUGGAGCCUCAGAGUGGGGGCCACUGAACAGAAGAGGACCACCACUUGAGGGCUUAAAAAAAAAAAAAUCGCCGUAACAGACCUCUGGCCGCUUGUACUGAGCCACUGGCGCCGCUUGCGGUCUCUUCCACAAGCGCUGGUCCAGGGGCCGGUCCGGGUUUUGCAGGUAAUCCCUUCCCACAGGUAUGGUCCUUUAUGGCUCGGAGCCUCACAGCAGCCCCCUGAGAUGCAAGGGGCAUCUCUUCAAAGAGGACACUGAGGCCCAGGAUGGAUGAAGCAGCUAAUCAGCUGUUGCAGUCUCUCCAGCCAGCACUUACGAAACCGCCCGCCCGUCACCCACUCACUGGCUUUUAAUGAAUGCUGCGCUUACUCCACAUCUCUCUUUCUGUCCCCAAGCUUAUUUGUACACCGUGACAGUUCCAGGAGGCACACACUCUUUUUCUCUCGUUUUAGGAUUUUUUUUUUAAUUUUAAAAAUUUUAUUCUGAAAUCCUUUCAGACUUAAACAUUGCAGAACCAGUACAAAGAAUUUCUGAAUACAUUUCACAAUACAGCUUCCCCAAAUAUUAACAUCUUACACAAUCACAGCCUAAUUUUCAAAACCAGGAAGUUAACAGAUACCGUACUCUUAACUGCUCUUCACACCUGAUUCCGAUUUUGUCAGUUGAGCCGUUCAUGUCCUUUUUCUGGACCAGGAUCCAGUCCAGGAUCACACACCUUACAUUUAGUUGUCAUUCUUAGUUUUACUAGCCCCUUACAGAGGGUCACCUCUCCAGAG